GAAGGUUUCACGCGCUGGUAAGGAGAUUGGGCCGACCAUAUGUACCUCCUUACAGAGAAGAAUUUAACAAGCUGCGAUCACAUUUCAGCGUAAUGCAGACGACAACCUCAUAAUGAUAUAUGGGUUAUCGUGUUUACAUCUAAGUUGUUGUAAACAAAUAGAGCAGCAGUUGCAAUGUUAAAAACAUACAAACAGUGAUGAUGACGAUGAUUGACAGUGAUGCAACCUGUGCUGUGUCAGUCUCGUGAUCCGACUUAUUCACAACAGGUCAUCAAUUCAUCAAGAAUUAAUCCGUUACCAGAAAAUCAGAAACAUGUCAUCGUGUUGAUCUAAUACAAGACAAGAAACUAUGGGUGGAUCAGUUUUAUUCAUACCUGUUUUUUUCGCACUGGCGAGUUUGGGCGUAUAUACUCUGUCAGUGAAUUUUCCAGAACACACCGGCCUGCACUCCAACAGCUCUGAUCUCAAGUUUCCAACGAAUAUGGAUGAGUUACAGAGUGUUGCCAACUUCCUACAUGACUACAAGAAUGAUCACUUCAACUACGUCAUGCUCCUCUUCACUUCUGCAUACCUCUACAAGCAAACCUUUGCAAUUCCAGGAUCAGUGUUCAUGAACCUACUAGCUGGUGCUCUAUAUGGUCCAUGGGUUGGGUUCAUCUUGUGCUGUUUUCUGAUAUCCUGCGGUUCCUCCUUCUGCUACCUCCUGUCUGAUUUUUUUGGCAAAAAAUAUAUUAUUCAAUAUUUUCCACAAAAAGUGAAAUAUUUUCAGACUUUGAUUGAGGAAAAUCUUGACAGUUUGUUUUUCUUCCUGCUGUUUCUCCGCUUGUUCCCAAUGUCACCGAACUGGUUCAUGAACAUGGCUUCACCCAUAGUGAACAUUCCCCUCCACAUCUUCUUUCUGUCUAUCUUAGUAGGUUCGAUGCCAUACAUAUUCAUCUGUGUCCAGACUGGCUGUGUUCUGUCUCAGAUCAGAUCUCUGGAUGAGAUCUUCACAUUAUGGACGAUGGCCAAGCUGUGUGGAAUAGCCAUUGUGGCCCUCUUGCCUGGCUUUCUUAUAAAGAAGCAUUGUGCCAAGCAAAAAAAGAAAGAGUAGUGUAGCAUGUGAUGAUUAUAAUAUUAUGAACCGAUGAGGGUUUUGGAAGACGAGAGAAGUUACACUUGCCCAUCCUGCAGGAUUCACAAUUGUCUCCCACUGUCACAGUAUUUCAAGACAAUAUAUAGUUUCUUGUUGCCAUUUCCAAAUGAAACCACUGAAUUGAAACAUAUGUAGGCAAAGAAUUGUGAAUAGAAAUAAGUAUGAUCAGUAUUUGAUAAAAUCAUUAUCAAACAAUGCUGAAAGGAAUGUUUUACAAAUGUUGCAGAAACAUGUAUCUAUUUCCCUUCUUUUAUUUAUUACCAUCACUAUAUCUACUACAAAAUUGUUAGAAUGUGAGUUACUGUGAAAAUGCUGGUCACUUCUCAUAUUUCACAUAUUUUGCACCAAGGAAGCUAUGUACAGAGAUGUUUGUGAAUUAGCUGUCAUUUGAUGUUUGAAAAACAAAUUGAGUGUUUGAUGCAAUUUCAUUAAAAUCAGAUCUUAGUUCUCGCUACUGCUAAACA